AUGAGAACUACGGUGUACACUCCCACACGAGCUCGUGCCCCAUCUAGACCACGAUUAAUCUUUGCAGCAAAACGCGCUCAGCUUACAGUUGCAAGUCCCCAAGCAGCUUCACCUAGAAUGCUUUCUGAAAGAUCUUCGUCGCAGACAGCCUUUUACAGUGAUCAGCUACCAAUCAAGAAUGAGCAAGAAGUGCAACCUGAUGUCUGUAACCGAACCGAAUCCAACUUUGAAGAGCCCACAGUGGAACAUCUUAGAGCUGCGGCGUCAUUAUAUGAAUGCAUCUCUAGUGGUACGCUUGAAAUGAACAGAGCAGCGCGCUUGUUACUGGCUCAAAAAAGAAAUGGAACGUUCAAUCAAUCCGUAUACGAUGUAAUACUUCCGGAAUGCUGGGUUGCUGGACAUGUCCGAACUGUCUUGAAAAUGAAACAAACGGGAACUACCAACUUUCUCAUGGCAGAGAUUCAAUGCGCAAAAUUGGAUCGCUACAUAAGGAUCGCCGAAGUAACGCAACGAGAAAAUGACCCGAUUAGCAAACCGUUAUUGCAGUGCAAAUUUGCACCAGGCAGUGGAAGAUGGAAGGCCAGACCCUUUUGA